CUCGCGUACCCUGCAAAAGUUGUUUCUUUUCACAAUGUGCGGGUAGCAACAUCAAAAUCAGCCAAUCAGAAACUCGUCCAUUUUGGAACAAAAUCGGCUCCCCAGUUGUCAGGUCUUGUCUUAGGAAAAGGGGAACAGAGCUUCUUUGAAAAACAGCUGAAUCGUGAGUUAAUAUGGACUCUAGUGUGGAAGAGAAUGAGGAGGAACAAAAUAUAUUUUGCAACAUUAUUGCGGCGUUCAAAUGUUACAGGUAGAAAACUGCUCUGGAAAGUGUCAAUCGCCGGGAAGCUUAUGUCAAUUCACUGCCCAAAAACCAUCAGGAAAUGUUGACAAAAUACCGAGAACUCUUACAAAAGCUCCGGUGUUGUAUAGAGGCUAAUGAUAAUGUUAUCAAGCACAUUGUGCAGGACGCGGAUUGUUUAUUCUACAAUGAUUCAGAUAAUCUAUUCCAAUCCUCCAAUCUCAAACCAUUAACUAUGCCUAAAGUUCGGCCUCAGGACAUUCAGAAGGUUCAGGUGACACUCAAACAGAUUUUUCGCGACUGGAGCAUAGAAGGACAAUCUGAAAGGAAUCAGUGCUACAAACCUAUAAUCGACGAAAUAACCACGGUUUUCAGUCCUCUAAAAUGUAACGUUGAAGAUAUAAAAAUUCUAGUUCCAGGUGCUGGACUUGGUCGACUUGUUUAUGAAAUCGCUUGUCGAGGAUACUAUUGCGAAGGAAACGAAUUCUCAUUAUUUAUGCUAAUAGCUUCAAAUUUUGUUUUGAAUAGAUGCAUUGUGGAGAAUCAAUGUACGUUUUAUCCUUGGGUUCAUCAAUAUGUAAACAAUCUUUGCAGAAACAAUCAAAUUAAGUCUGUUACGUUUCCUGAUGUAAGCCCAACAAAAUUUCCACCAAAAGGAACCAUGAAUAUGGUUGCAGGUGAUUUUUUACAGGUAUACAAAGAUUUGAAUUACUGGGAUUGCAUUGCUACUUGUUUUUUCAUCGACUGCGCCAACAAUAUUAUUGAGUUUGUAGAACUUAUUUACAGCAUUCUCAAGCCUGGUGGGAUUUGGAUCAAUUUGGGUCCACUUUUGUAUCAUUUUAGUGACAUUAUACACGAAAAUAGCAUUGAACCAACUUAUGAGGAUAUAAUGAUUAUUGUUAUAUCAUGCGGCUUCAAAAUUUUGAAAAAUAGGGCUGAUGUACCUUCUAAAUACGCUCAAAAUCCUACCUCUAUGCACCAAAGUGAGUACAAUAGCAUAUACCUGGUUUGUGAGAAACCAGACAGCGUUCCUAUUGAAAUGAAGAAAUAGAUAAUGCGUCAAAGAUCUUGGUUUCUUACUUGUUGAGCAGUUAUUAUUUAAACAGCAUAUUAACUACAUUGUUGCGACUGCUUCUCGCUGCUUGGGAUUCGUAUUUAAAAUGGUUAAGCACUUUACUGAUUUGUAUUGCCUAAAGUCCCUAUACUAUUCACUAGUUCGUUCUACUCUGGAAUAUUGCUCAGUAGUCUGGAACCCUAUUUACCUCAAUGGAACUCAUAUAAUAGAGUCGACACAACGUAGAUUCGUUCGUUUUGUUCUUCGCAGAUUACCUUGGAAUAAUCUAUAUCAACUGCCGAGCUAUCGUGGAUAACUGAUUGGUCUUGACACACUACAAGUACGACGAGAGCUUUGAUCAUAGCAGAUGUUUUGAAUGAUAGGUUUGACUGUUCCGCAUUGCUCUGCAGAGUUAUUAGCAAUGUUCGUCCUCGUGCUCUCCGUAACAACGCCUUUCUUCGACUAACUCCAAUCGACAUAUAAUGUUGUUUACAUCCAGUUUUAUAAAGAUUUGAAGCAAUUCAAUUCGCAAAAGACAAUAACAAUGUUCACUAUGUGGAGCACGAAAAAAAUAGGCUUACAAAGAUCGUUAAUUCGAGUAUCACCUGGAUUUGACUUCAAUCUUCCACGCAAAACAAUACAACCCAAUUUUUAACUUAGUAUUAAAAAAUAUCAUCAGGACUACAAUGUGCCAGUUGAUUGUACAAUAAUAAACCACAAUAGUUACUUGAAA